CAAAAUAAACAAAGAAAAGAAGGCAAUCGUGUUCAUUGAACUGAGCUCAACAAACCCGUCAAUUUGAUCUCCACUGGUCGAAACAAUCGAAGUCAUCUAUUUUUGCUCUUUCGUCAUAUGAAAAAGUAUAUUUUUCAUCUGGUAAUUAUCCAAGUAUGCAGUCCAGUCGAUCUUUUCCAUGUCUAAGCGAGCUGCUCAGCGCUUCUUCCUACGAGAAAACUCAUUAUGAAAGAGAUACCACGUUCUUCAAUUCCCUCUAUGGCAAAUGGUCAAAGCCUACCUUGCGAAGUGGUUGCAGAAUCAUUCGCAGAAGUUCUCUUCCUUCCAAGAAAUUCCUCUGCAAAAGAGAUGAAUACGGAUUGAAAAAUCAGGAUAGCCAUAUCUUCUUCCUUGAUCAGAAAGGUAGACCAAUGUUCCGUCGAUAUGUUCGACCAAGAUUUUUACCAUACGAGAGAAUAUCAGACAAACCUCUUCCAAUUUUGCCAGUGGAAGAAGUAGAACAAAUAUUGAAAGAGAUUGAAUCUGGUGCGUAUAGUGCCAUGACUACCACCGUGGAAUGCGAGGAAGGAGAAAAACAAGACAAGACUUACAACCUAGAGACUAAACUGCACUGCUGGACGUCAAUGCCCGAAUACAUUACAAGAGAAGUCCUCGCUUCAACACCUCAACUAUCUUUACCAGAUCAACCGAUCCCAGAUUCUGUGUCCUCCGAGACUGCGAAUAUACAGAGUCCUAUCAGUGAUUUUGAUUUCGAAAUUGUGCAAUUCUAA